AUGUCCGACGCAGACGAGAAGCCAGAGCUCAGGCCAUUCACCUUCCGCACUGCCGGUUACGACGCACGCUUCCCAAACACGAACCAGUCCAAGCACUGCUUCCAGAACUACGUCGACCACCACAAGUGCGUCAACCAGCGCGGCAAGGACUUCGAACCAUGCAAGCACUUCUUCAAGGCUUACCAUGCACUUUGCCCCAAUGAGUGGCACCAGAACUGGGACACCCUCCGCGAGAAUGGCAACUUCCCUACCGAUCUCGAGUAG